AUGUCGUCCGUUCCGCCCACAUCCGCUAAGAAACAGAGUUCUUUGGCAGGAUUUUUCGAGAAGAGGAAGGCUCAGUCCUCCGAAGAUGGCGCCGAAGCGCGCGAAGACGACGACGCUCGAGAGGAAGUAGGAAAUCAGAAAGAACAACAACAGACGACGGAAACGACGACCACGGCGACGACAGAGAACAAUUCGCCUACGCAACAGAAAGAAAACAUCGAAGUUGCCGCGAAGAAGCGCAAACUAGUGAAGAAAUCCGAAGUUCUCGACGCAAACGCGAAAGCAUUGUCCUUUGCAGAACAAGCAAAGUUGAAAUUGGAACAAAAGCAGCAACAACCAAAAACAUCAGCAGCACUUAAGCAAACGGAGGAAAAAGAAGAAGAUGAGAAAGAUGCAAAGAAGAACAUCAGCGUUGCCAACGUGAGCGAUGAAAAGGAUGAAGAAUACAAAGCAUCGCGUGAAUCUGAUGACGAAGAAGAAGAAGAUGAAGAGGGGGAGGAGGAAGACGAUGAUGAUGAAAUCGAAGACGUCGAAGGCCCACUUUCUGCUUCUGUUCAAAAAAAAGCGAAGAAGAAAACAAAGUCAAAAAAUGGGAAGGAAAAAUCUGAAGCCGGCGUUGGAGCCUUACAAGUUGAACUUGCACAGAAGUAUAUCGACCAAUCAUCGGAAUCGAUCUCAUCUUGGAAGGAGAAUACGGCAACACCAUUUGGAAUCGUUGCGGAUACGUUUGAAAGUAUUGCCGAGACAACGAAACGAUUGGAGAUCACGAACUUGUUGACGAAUACAUUCAGAUCUAUUAUUCGUGGUGGGUUAUCUGGAGAUUUGCUCGCAGCAGUUUACUUGGCUUCAAACACGAUCGCGCCGCAACACGAUGGUAUUGAUCUCGGUAUAGGAGAUGCGACUUUGAUUAAAUGUCUGGCCGAAGCAACUGGGCGCAAAGAGGCAAACAUAAAGGCUGACUACCGCGAGGCUGGCGACUUGGGUUCUGUUGCCAUGGCAUCCCGAUCGACGCAACGGACAAUGUUCCAGCCCGCACCGUUAACGGUGAAAGGCGUCUUACAGGAGUUCCGCGUCAUAGCUACUACAGCAGGAACGAAUUCAGUCGAUCAAAAGAAGGGACGAAUUAAGAAAUUACUCGUUGCCGCCAAAGGCAGCGAAGCUGGAUACAUAGUGAGGGCAUUACAAGGAAAGUUACGCAUUGGUCUGGCUCAGCAAACCGUGAACGCUGCUCUUACGCAUGCUAUCGUUUUAGAAGCAAAUAAAACUGCAGGUAUAAAGCUAGGUGCUAAUGCCUUGGCAGAUCAACUCCUGAAAGCCGUGGAUGUUGUGAAGCUUGUUUUCUCGGAAUGUCCGAGCUACGACUUGGUUGUCCCAGCGCUCUUGGAUGUUGGCAUCGACGGUCUGCAGGAGAAAUGUCAAUUUAAACCAGGUGCGCCAGUGAAACCAAUGUUGGCAAAGCCAACGACCGGUGUGGCGGAAGUUUUGAACAGAUUUUCUGACGUUGAAUUUACGUGCGAAUAUAAGUAUGACGGCGAGCGAGCUCAAGUGCACUUGCUCGAAGAUGGAUCGAUAAAGAUCUUCUCCAGAAAUCAGGAAGAUAACACGCCAAAGUUCCCUGAUAUCGUUUCGAAAUUCAAAAAUUACUUGAACAACGUAGACGGGAAAAUAACCUCAGUAGUCAUCGAUUGUGAAGCCGUGGCGUACGAUAGAGAGCAAGAUAAGAUUCUUCCUUUUCAGAUUUUGAGUACUAGAGGAAAGAAAAAUAUCAAAAUUGAAGACGUUAAAGUGCAAGUGGCGUUGUACGCAUUUGAUUGUUUAUAUUUGAACGGAAAAUCGCUCUUGCGUGAACCGAUGAGCGUUAGGCGUCUUGCGCUUUAUAGUUCAUUCCGAGAAACGAAAGGUGAAUUCCUGUUUGCCACUGCAAAAACGAGCAGGGAUGUGGAGGAGCUGCAGGUAUUUUUGGAUGAAUCCAUCGCUGCGAAUACCGAAGGUUUGAUUGUAAAGACAAUGGAUGCUACAUACGAACCCUCCAAGCGCUCAUUAAACUGGUUGAAGUUGAAGAAAGACUACAUGGAAGGAUGCGGAGACUCGUUAGAUUUGGUCCCAAUCGGUGCUUGGCAUGGCAGAGGCAAAAGGACAGGGGUGUAUGGAGCAUUUCUUCUCGCUUGUUACGACGAAGAUGGAGAAGAGUUUCAAACGAUUUGCAAAAUUGGAACUGGCUUUUCCGAGAUCGAUUUGGAAACCUUGUCGAAAGCGCUUGAACCGCAUUUAAUAGAAGCUCCACGCUCUUACUACAAAUAUCCUGAAGGUAUGGAACCUGACUUAUGGUUUGACGCAAAGUUAGUUUGGGAAGUGAAAGCGGCUGAUCUGUCGAUCUCUCCAACGCACAAAGCUGCCAUGGGUUUAGUGGAUCCAAACAAGGGUAUUGCUUUACGUUUUCCGCGCUUUUUAAGAAGUCGAGACGAUAAAGAGCCGGAAAUGGCGACUAACGCGCAUCAAGUUGCAGAUUUUUACAAUGCUCAGGCAAAUAAGCAAACUUUUGAGAAGGAAUAA